AUGCCGAUCCACCCCUGCUUUGCGCCGUCAACGCUGCGCAAACUGCCCGUCGUCCUACGCGGCAAAGCGAUCGACGCGCUCCAGGGCUCGACACAGCAGCUCGUCUUCCUCGCCCAGGCCGUCGCCGAGGACAAGCUACAUGCAAGCUCGAAAGUCCUGCUGGCACCCGUGUUCUACAGCGCACUUGAUCCUAUCGGUAUUCCCGCUAUGGACACCCUCGAUGACACACCUGCACAUGCACUGGAAACGAUGUACACCCGGUCACUGGUCUCUCUGCGCGCCUUUGGGCCCAUCUUGUCCGUCAAAGACGCGCUCCCGCUCACCGCCGUCCCCGACCUCUGGGCGCGCAUCUGGGCCUGGCUUGAAUUCCUCGACACUGCCCACCCCCACCUGCCUCUCCCGCCCGGCCUCCGCGUGGUCUACUCCUCCUCUGUGACCUUCUACUUCGCAGCCGUCGACCUGCUGUUCCAGCUUCUCAACCUGACGCGCUGGACGCCCGCCGUCCAACGGUCGAUCCCUGCCACGCCCGGGUACUUCCUUUUCCUGGGCCACGCCUGGCGCGCCGUGGCAGAUAUCCCCGAGCAGCACGGCAUCCCGGCCUUCUCCGCCGCCGCGAUGGUCAGCAUGCCCCGCGCGGGCCCGAACUACCUCCCCGAGCUGAUCCGGGGUGCGGGCGGCCCCGCGGCGUUCGUCGCCGCGGCCGUCGCGCAGUGGAUGCACACAUGCGGCAUCACAUCGCCCGAGCGCACGCCAAACAUGCCGUCCAUCUACAUCCCCGCCGCGAUGCUCGUCGCCGGGGCGACCACCGCCAUGGACCGGCACGAUCCGGCGCUGAACGCCGCGCUGCUGGCAUCAGAGACCGCCCUGCCGGCGCUGAUCCUCGCGACAACGCGGAUCACCCCUGCGGGGGAUGUCUCGAUCUCGAGCCUAUUGCUCACGCUGCUCGUGGCCGUCUUGAAGGACACACGUGAUGUGGGACGCGUGCGCAGGGCGCUCGAGCUGGGGCUGCUGCCCGCGGUCGUCUUCGCGGGGAUCGUCUCGCGGCAGGGCGCGCGGAAGCGCCCGGACGAGGCGGCGGAGAUCGAUGGCAACGUGACCGUGUUCAUUGAGGAGAUACUCCCGCGCGCGACGGCAUACGCCUCCGUCAUCUCUGUUCUGCACCAGGAGAUACACAAGGGCAUGGGGCCGAGCAAGCAGCCGAUGGAGAAGUUCCUACCCCUGAAAAGCCACACGACGCUGUGGCGCGCUCUUGUGGUGCUGGUGGACGAGCGGUUUGAGCUACUGCAACGGUAUCGCGCAAAAGAAGUGCCCAGUCUCCGCUUGAGAGGGUGUGACAACCUUCAGUGCUGCCGCGUGGCACCCAAGGACGAAUUCAAGCGCUGCGGGCGUUGCCGUACGGCGCUCUACUGCUCCCCAGCGUGCCAGGCAGCGGACUGGGCCGACAGCCACCGCACGGAGUGUGUCCUCGCAUCGAACGAGCGCAACGCAUCCGGCGUCUCCCGGCGCGACCUCGCGUUCCUGCGCGCGCUGAUGCGCACCGCGUACGACGCGAACCGCCGCCGGCUCGCCGCGCAGCACGUGAUCGCGAUAGACCCCCCGGCGCCGGACCGCGGGCCGGACGACGUCGCCGCGCCGCGCGGGCUGGGCGCCACGGCGUUCGACGUCUCGGCCGGGACGAUGCACGUGGCCCUGCUGCAGACCGACAGCGCGCCGGCGGGCGGCCCGGGCGACCACUGGCAGCUCGCCCGCGUGCGCCGGGCGGCGGGACGCAUGGAGGUGCACUUCCUCUUCCUCGGUGUGGCCGCGGGGCCGGCGGGGCUCGUGCCGAUCCCGUUCAAGACGCCCGCGGGGAGUAAGGCCGCGGCGCUGGCACGGCUGGCGCGCGAGGCGCCGGUGCCCACUGACGAUACCAUGGGUCAGGAAACUGAGAUGGCUGCGGCUGCGCUGGAGGCUGCGUUGGAGGCUGAGGGCAGGUGGGAGGCGUAUGAAAGCGCGUUGGGGCUGGAAGCGUACUGA